AUGAUGGUCCUGACUUUACUAUUUUGUUUGCUUUCUUUUCUGUUUCAACUACCCUUUGUUUUUCCUGCAAGAAACAUUUCCCUCAAGUGCAUGCAAGACACUGACCAAUUCCUUUCUGAUCUGAGUUCAGCGGAGCCCAAAGAAUACGCUCUGAGAAUGUACGACUCCAUCGGGAAACUUGGGAGCAAUGUCCUCGGGGGGAACGUGGACAGGCUGGGAUCUUACAGCGAGUGUCUCUCCACCCGAGUGCCCUCGGGGGCCUUCCGGGGGCGGUACUGCAAGCUUCGCAUGCAGCAGGAUGGAGCUGACUACAGUGUGGCCGUGUGUGUCCCCGAUUCCUGUGCGGAAGAGGAUGUGACUGCGCUGUCUCAGCUGGAUAUUUUAAGAUUCAGAAAUGCUUCCUUUUUGGCUCCUUCUCUCUCCCUCUUUACCACGAAUUCGUCCUCCUCAUCUGGUGGGGGUGUGGCCAGAUGUGCUACUGGAAUGUUCCCCCUGGACACGUUUGCUGCCGUGUGUCUGUUCCUCACCCUGCUCGGCCUCGCCCUCCCUCUGGCUGGGACUGCGUAUGUGGCAGCCCGGGGCUGGGGGUCAGACUGCAGGGCGUCCCCCUCGCAUGGGGCAUGUUCGGCCACGUACGGGAGUCUGCCUUCGAGAGAAACGGAGAGGAGCGGACCAAGAAGCAGAAGCCAGGGGACGGGUGGCCUGUCCCGUGGCUCGCUGCCAGGAACCCCGAGCAGGGGAAAAAGGUUUCUAGGAGCCGUGGACCACGCUCUGAAAUGCUUUUCUUGGCAGAAGACUGUGCCGGCCAUCUGGGCUACCAAGACGCCAGGAAGCACGUGCUCUGCACUGGACGGCAUCCGAGUCUUGAGUCUCCUCUGGAUCAUGUCGGGGCAUACCGGUCAGAUGACCGCGUGGCUGUCCUUGGACAAUGUGCUUGACUGGAAAGCCAGGGUGCUGAGAAACCCGCUGUACCUGUGCUCCCGGAGCGGCCCGUUCUACCUGGGGGUGGACUCGUUCUUCCUGAUCAGUGGCUGGUUGAGUGUGAAGUCGUUUUUAAAGAUGCAGCGGUCUCCAGAAGAAGGAAUAACUGCUCGUGUCAUACUGAGAUACUACUUUAAUCGCUUCAUGAGGCUGCAGCCUCUCCACGUGUAUUCCGUGUGCUUGAUGGUUGGCGUGUUCCCCCUCGUGCCCUGGGGACCUGUCUGGGAGGUGCCUGAGCUCCACCUGGACAACUGCCGGCAGGCGUGGUGGACCAACUUGCUGCUGCUCAACAACUUCCUGUCGGUCCGGAAUGCGUGCAACGGCUGGACGUGGUACCUUGCCAACGACUUUCAUUUCCACCUCAUGACGCCCGUGAUCAUGUUCAUCCACGGAAAGAGUGAACACGUCCUUGUCCUCCUCGGGGCCGUGCUGUUCUUGGCGUCUUUCACGGCCACGGCUUUGCUCACGCUGGCUCAUGCCCUUCCCGUGGCAGCGCCAUCCGAAGCCAGCGAGAAGGCGGCUGUGCUGUACUUCUCGGAGUACUACACGAAGCCCUACUGCCGACUCGGGCCGUUCCUCGUGGGCGUCUUCCUGAGCGUGUACAUGCACCAGAACCGCCAGGCGGGCCUCCUCAAAACCAGGGUGCAGGCGGUGCUCGGGUGGAGUUGCUCCCUGGCCACGCUGUUCGCGGUGGUCGCCGCGGCGUACGCAGUGGACGACACCUCGGGCACCCAUGCAGCUGCCGCUGCUGUCUACCAGGCCCUGCACCGGACCCUGUGGGCGGCGGCCCUGGGCUGGGUCGUGUUCGCGUGUCACGAAGGCCACGGAGGUCUGGUGGCCCAGCUGCUGUCCUGCGGCGUCUGGAGCUUCCUGGCCGGCAUCAGCUACGCCUGCUACUUGGUGCACCCCAUCAUCCUCCUCCUCUACAACGGGCUUCAGGAAACGCUCCUUCACUACACGGACAUGAACAUGUUCUACCUUUUCUCCGGACACUGUGUGCUGACCGCCGUCGCCGGGCUGGCCCUGACGCUCUUCAUCGAGAAACCGUGUCAGGAGCUGAGGUGGUGCCUUCUGGGACCGACGCCUGCAGGGCCGGGCGCGGUCCAGUGA